AUGGCCGCCCAGAUAUCCGACGAGAUCAUGCCGGAGGGAACCUCGCCGGCGAACCCGACAGCAUGCGGGCAGAUCCCAUUAGAUCAACCGCCCAAGCUGAAGGGCCGGCAGAAGUUCCUCCAGAGUCUCCAACGAAUGUCCUCCAGCCCGACAUUGACAAGACGAGCGCGCUCAACAUCUACUUCUGGCCUCCGGCGAGAGAACAAGGCUUCCUUGUCUUGUGUUUCGUUAUCGUCGACCGCAUACUCGCCUUGUCUACCAAAUGGCAGUUCCUCGCAGCUCUAUGGCGGUCUCAGUCCUCGCCCUGCGACUCCCGGGUAUGCAACUCCUGCUGAAUUCCCGGGCUCGAACCUUCGCCCGCGUCUAGUUGAUACGGAUGGGCCCAGUAGCCCUCUACCCCGCACGGUACCUUUGCCCUUGGAUAUUGUGAGGCCGGCCUCACGGGGGUCACCGCGAACAGGGACGCCGGUGGGAACCAGGAUGGAGGAGAUUGUCUUCCCGGAACCGGAGGAGCCGGUGAAAACUUUCGAUUUCUGGGGGGAUAUGCCACGGGAGCUCAAAAUGGAGGUCUUCCAGCAUUUGAAGCCGCAGGAAAUUGUUCGCUGCUCUGCUGUUUCCAAGGCUUGGAAUGAAAUGUGCUACGAUGGACAGCUAUGGUCUAAGGUUGAUACGACCGAGUACUAUUCCAAGAUCCCCAGUGAUGUCUUGGUGAAGCUCAUUACUUCCGGUGGUCCGUUCAUUCGCGAUCUCAAUCUGAGAGGCUGCGUUCAGAUGCGUGACAAGUGGUCAUCGGAGGGCGAGCGCAUCUCGGAUUUGUGCCGGAAUGUCGUCAAUUUCUCGCUGGAGGGCUGCCGUAUCGACAAGCCUUCUAUCUACUCUUUCUUGCUCCGCAACCCUCGUUUGGAAAAUAUCAAUGUUUCGGGGUUGUCGAGUGUUACAAACUCCGCUAUGAAGGUCAUUGCGCGGUCUUGUCCGCAACUUGAGACAUUGAAUGUUUCAUGGUGCAAUAAUGUUGAUAGCUCUGGUCUUCUUCGGAUUGUCCAAUCCUGUGAGCGGUUGAAGGAUCUCCGAGCUAGUGAGAUCCGCGGCUUCAACAACGAAAAGUUUACAUUGGCUCUGUUUGAGCGCAAUUCUUUGGAGCGCUUGAUUAUGAGUCGUACUGACUUGACCGAUGAGAGUCUGAAGAUCCUGAUUCAUGGUAAAAGUCCCAACGUGGAUCUCCUGACCGAUCGCCCUAUUGUCCCACCUCGACGGUUCCGCCAUCUGGACUUGCACCAAUGCGCAGAGAUUACCGAUGAUGGGUUGAAGAGUUUAGCCCACAAUGUUCCAGACUUGGAGGGACUGCAAGUUUCUCAAUGUUCUGAGUUGACCGACAGUUCGAUCAUCGACAUCAUCCAGACCACACCUUUGCUGUCCCAUCUGGAAAUUGAAGACUUGGAGAACCUGACCAACAAUGUCCUCGUCGAGCUCGCUAAGUCAUCAUGUGCCCAACACCUAGAGCACUUGAACAUCAGCUACUGCGAGAGUCUCAGUGAUACGGGCAUGCUCCAAGUGAUGAAGAGUUGCCCAAAACUCCAGUCUGUCGAAAUGGACAACACCCGAGUCUCCGAUUUGACUCUUAUGGAAGCGUGCUUCCGCAUCCGCAAACGCGGGUACAACGACGAUCUCCCGAAAGUCGGACUACGGCUCGUGAUCUUCGACUGCGCAAACAUCACCUGGGCAGGCGUCAAAGAAGUGCUAUCCAGUAACGCCUAUAUCCCCCGCGCGUCACGCAAACCCACAUCAACAGUUGUGACAGUGACACAAACCUCUGACGAGGGUUCUUCCCCCAUGACCAGCACAUUUGUUACCCCAAGCUCCACACCUCCUCCUUCGUCGACCUCACCCAAUGAAAUUAUCCAGCUCAAGUGCUUCUAUGGAUGGCAAAUGACCGUCGAUGAACACACGAAGCGUGUCCUCCGCGGUGAUCUGGCUGCUGCUUCCCGGCUGGACCGGAAGUGGGCCGAUUACAUGAUGGCCACGGAGGAGGCUGGUGCUGCUGGCGCCGGUGCUCGUCGACGUCGGCGCCGCGCUCGUGAGGCUGAGCGCCUCUACAAUGUCGACGAGGAUGAAAAUGACGCUUAUGGUGUGGGUGCUAUCACUGCGCUUGGUGGUAGACGUCGCCGAGCUCAAAGUGGUGGCGGUUGCACUGUGAUGUGA